AUGGCACAAAGAGUUCAUUAUCGAAAACACAAUCAUUAUAAUACAAAAUCAAACAAAGUAAAACCAGUAAAAACUCCAGGGGGAAAAUUAACUGUUCAUGUAAUAAAGAAAAAAGCUGGUAAACCAAAAUGUGCUGACUGUAAAUGUGCUAUUCAAGGAGUAAAAGCAUUAAGACCAGCUGAUAAUCACAGGGCCAGAAAAAAAGAUAGAAGGGUAUCAAGAGCCUAUGGUGGUUCCAUUUGUGCUAAAUGUAUAAGAGAAAGAAUCAUGAGAGCAUUUUUAUUUGAAGAACAAAAAUGUGUUAGACAAGUUUUAAAAGAAAAAAAAAAACAAGAAAAGAAAGUGAAAAAGGUUAAAAAAGAUAAAAAAAAAAGCUCUAAAGAUGGAAAAGCAACUGAUAAGAAAGUAAAAAAAAAUGCAGAUAAAAAAAAAAGUAGAUAA